AUGAAUAAUAUCAUUAUCAAACCAUCUUCGAGUCUGAAAGUACUUGGUGUUACUUUUGACACAAAUCUAAAUUUUGUAGAACAUUUAGAUGAAGUUCUCAGAAAAGCACUAAACAUCUAUAAAACAAUAUUAAGAAUAGCAAGAGCCAACUGGGGUCUUAACUCAGAAAUAGUCAAAACGAUAUAUGUAGCUGUAGUGGAGCCAACUAUUCCUUAUGUGGCUAGUGUAUGGGCCACGGUAGCGAAAAAAGAAUACAUGAGGAAAAGAUUAGAACUUAUAACAAGAAUAUUUAUAAUUAAGAUCUGCAAAGGCCACAGGACAAUCUCAUUCACGUCUAGCGUGUUACUAUCAGGAAUCAUCCCUCUGGACUUAAGUGCAUUGGAACAUCUUUCACUCUAUGAAAUCAAGCGAGGAAAGCCACUAACACAACUACCAGGAAGAACCAUAGAAAAACCAAUAAGCCCAUUCUGUUUACCCCAUCCCGCUGAAAGGCCUGACAUCGAGACUUUUCAAAUGAGCCUGUUAGUAGUUAGUGGUUCCAUCUGUUGGAAGCUGAAACCAACUACUAACAACAUAUUUCCUCAUUACACAUCUGUACGAACCAGGUGGCUCUUUCUUGUGGUCCCACUCGUUUCGAACAGAUGGCGCUUUACUGACAACUGUAAUGAUUUCAAGUCUUUUCUGCGCGCUCAGGCUGACCUGCUGGAAUCCCUGGGUUCUGACAGGCCGGAUGAGCAACCGGAAGCGAAUGGAACAAGGAAGGCCUUGGUGAUCGCGUCCUCCCCGGGUCAUGGUACAUCUCCAAAACCAUCCCCUAAACCUAAGGCUCACGCUGUUCCAGCAGCUACAGCAGCUUCAACAGGACUUCUGGCGAAGAUGGUCUCGCGACUACAUCGGGAUCCUACAACAACGUACCAAGUGGCGGAGCUUGAAGGGCCCAGCUCUCUCCGUGGGCACGAUGGUGGUGGUGAAGGAUGA